AUGCAACACUUCACAAAGGAGCAAGUGGACGCGUUCCGGGAGGCUAAGUUAGAGGAGAAGCGUGAGCAGAUGAGGCAAGAGAGAGCGAAGUUCAAACAAUACAUGGAGAUGGACCAGGAGCGAGAGGCGGAGAAGAAGCUGGAAGAGAAGCCCAGCGAGAUAGGGUUUUGGAGGGACUUCCAGAUGAGUUUCGUCGAGAACGUUCUUUCUGAUAAAAUGAAGGCGGUGAUGAUUCUCUAUGGUCUCGAUACCCGGAAGAGCGUGCAUCAUCCUAAGCAUCCGCAGAUUUCUCCAACAGCUGAUUUGAUACCAUCAUUCCUAAAUAUGUGGUUCCCAUUCGCUUGGGGGGUUGCCAUCGCCUCGAGCAUUGGAUUCGCCAUGCCGGCAGCUGUAGUCUCGGCCAAAGGCCUCACUGCGUUCUUUUUUCUCCGUGGAGGCGCUGCUGCUUCCGCGGUCCUCUGGAAUGAGGUGAAGAAUCCCUCUACUUCGGAGCCGCCCGAAUCAACACCAGUGGUCAUCAGGGAAAAGGAGGGCAUGAAGUUUGGCUUUUCCCAGCUUACUAAAGGAGAACUCGCACUCCUCAGCUUUAUUAAUCUGGCAGCUGGAGCCCAGUACAUAUCUGCAUUGGUCGAUCCGUCCUGGGCAUCUUACGCUUUGAUUGCUGGUUCCGUAGCGGCUGCAGGGCUCUUCCCCAAGCAACUGGCCCGUAUAGUGUUCCAUUCUUGGAGCUUCUACCUGUGCAGGCACAACAACGGCUUUGAGAAGGCUGAAUGGAAAGCGAGGAGACUGCAGGGUGCAGACUGGAUGUCUAAAAAGCACUCAAAGAGCAUUCUGCAAUCUCAACAAGAACGAGAGCAGUCUCCCUGCAUCAGGGAGGAGGUUGUCGACGCCUCAGUCACCCCUUUGACGGCAGAGAUCGGUGUACCCGGUAGCAGCCUCUACUUGUUCAGCAUUCGCGGUCGGGAUCAGCCGGGCAUCUCACAUCUCAUGUGCCAGACUAUUGCAGACUUCGAUCAGAGCACUUUGCUGGAUAUCUCCCAGAUAUGCAUCGAUGAGCUCCUCAUGUUAAGUUUGCUGGUCAAGGUUGACGAUGAGCAUGUGGCUGCCCUCACGAAGGAGCUACUGCUGCCGGCGAACCGCAUGGGCGUUUCUGUCAGUGUGCGACAGCUUCACGAUGACAGUGGAACUGAUUCAGAGGGCGGAGAGAGACCCGCUUCGUUGGAAGGAGACGAUGGUCUUUGUGGGUCCGAGGAUUGCCUUAUCCAGGUCGUCUAUCACCCUCCAAAGGGAACAGUAGUUGAAUGCCUACCACCAGCACUGCUCCUCAGUGUGUGCUCGAUCGCAACCCGCGAGGGCUGGAGUGUUGUGUCAGUAGUUCACUUUAACCCGGAUGCCCCCUUGUGGGUGCACUCCCUGCAGCUGAGAGUUCGCCAGACCGGGGACUUCCACCCAGAGGAGGCUAUCAAGGACGAUAUCUACAAUGCCGCAUCGCAUCCCAUGGGGAGCCGCCAAAGGCUCUACCUCCUCCUGCAGGAAGUGUGUCACAGAGUUGGCGCGGAAGUUGUCGUCAGGCCUUACGAAGCUCCUUCAAAGCCCAAGCCGAAGUCGCUCGUCGUUUUCGGUCUUUCCGAGGUUUUGGUCUCCAAUGACGUACUGAUGACACUACUCAAAGAAGCCGGCAAAGAUUACGAAGGCAUUAGAGCUCAGUGUGAGAAGCAGAAGCUCUCCGUGAACGAGACUAGUCAUCGUCUCGUUGCGGCCCUUGAAGGGGCUCCGCGUGAUGUGGUCUCCCGAACCAUCGCACAGUUACGGCUGACCAAAGGCGCAAGAAAGGUCUGUCAAGCACUCAAGUAUCUCGGUUUCAAGUUGGCGUUGAUCACUUCUAGCGCUUCACAGUCAAUUGCGAGGCACGUUCAGUCAGAACUCGGUCUCGAUUACGCCCUUGCUACGGAGAUCGAGGUGGACCCAUACACCGACAAGAUAACUGGCAAGCAUGGUACGUUGAUGGACAACUUCCGUAAGGUCGAUUAUAUGAGGCUAAUCGCGGACAGAGAGAACAUCAGUCAGGAGAACGUCAUCGUUGUGGGCGACUACGUCCAUGCGGACUACUUGUUUGACCAGUGCGGAUAUCGGACCGGGCCCAACGAUUCUUGGAACACCCCCAGCAUAGAGGAGCAACUUACUCCAGCUAACUCAACUGUUGUUGCGGAGAUGGACACCACUUCUCAAGACGACAGCGAUAGAGAUGUCGCGCUGGUCAGAAGUACAACAUUGACAGACCCGCUAGCUCGCUCGGUGUGGGAUCUGGAGCCUCUCGAAGGCGUGUCACCAGACAGUGCCUUGGAGCGCUGCGAUAUCAGAGUGAUCGGUCCGGAUGCCCCCGGGCUCAUGGAGCUGCUUCUGGGACCUGUUGUGAAGACAGGGACGAGCAUUGGUCAGAUUGUCACCUACAACUUGCACGGCGUAUUUUGCAUGGGAAUGCAGAUCUACGUUACUGAUCCGGAGUCCCGUGACGACUGCCUGAAGGAUAUUCUCUUCAUCACUCAUGGUCGGGGUAUGGAUAUGCAGUAUUCAACUCAGGAAAGUUUGCCCACCCUUCCAUCGUUCGCUGACCUAGAAAAUCCCACUGGACACUCGCCGUCCGAUGUGACUCUCGUCGAGCAGCCUAUUUUGGAGGCGGGGGCGCUUGCAACUAUUCUUCAGAUUCUCGCUGAAAAUAAUAUGAACAUCUCGGUGAUUCGACGUUUGGACGAGUCCGAUGGAGCCAUGAGUGCUCUGCAGUUCGUGCUCAAUCCCAGUGAUACGCAGACGUCAACUGAUGAAAUCCGUUCUUCGCUGCGGGAGAAGCUGCUGGGUGCAAAGUGCGUGCAGAGUGGAUGCGUCGAUUGCGCUGUUCAGGUUGAUGACAUCGCGAGGCUCUGUCGUCGGCUCGUUGUCUUCGAUAUGGAUUCUACUCUAGUUGAAGGCGAGGUUAUUGAUGAGCUGGCGAAACUCGCAGGGGUUGAGAAGGAAGUCUCGGCCAUCACGUCGAAAGCCAUGCAUGGCGAAAUCGAUUUCUUCGAAAGUCUCAAACAAAGGGUGGCUCUGCUGAAGGGCGCUUCUGCGAAGUAUUUGAUCGAUGAGGUUGAAAGUCGAAUGAAGUUUACUCCUGGUGCAAGGCAAUUGACUAAAACCCUCAAAGCUAUGGGAUUCAAGAUGGCCGUUAUAUCUGGCGGUUUCCUACCCUUCGCUCAACAUACCAAGAAGGAGCUUGGUUUGGACUACGCUUAUGCCAAUGAGCUCGAAAUAGACUCUAAUGGAUUACUUUGUGGACGGACGGUCGGUCCGGUGGUCACUCCACAAAGGAAGCGAAAUUUACUAGUCAUGCUUGCUAGAGUGGAAGGUGUUCGUGUGGACCAGGCGAUUGCAGUUGGAGAUGGUGCUAAUGACAUUCCCAUGCUCACCACCGCGGGUUUGGGUGUGGCGUUCUGUGCUAAGCCGAAGGUUCAAGAACAAGCGAAUUUCAGAGUCAACAACAAGGAUCUGUCAACUAUUCUAUAUCUUGUUGGGCUCACGCAAGCUGAUAUUGGCAAGGCUGAAGACGCGUAGAUCAGGAAGGUGUACUGCUAGGCCUUGUAAUUGUCAUUGGAGCUACGUAUUUGAACAACGAUUAUGGAAUAUGAUGAAAUGCCCAAGAUCUCAUGUCAUUCACCUUUGCUAUCUAGUU